UCCGCCAGGGCUGCUGAGUAAGGGUCAGCUGACCGGGGGUGGGGCUGGGUGUUAUAAUAGUCUCUGCUGUUGUCGGUUUUCGAGUAUUCAGUCAGGUGACUUCGCCAUGAAACUGCUCGUUGUUCUGUCCUGUGUGCUGGUGGCGGUUGCUGCAAGUCCAUUGCUUGGGAAAGAGCAAUGUUCCAAGGGCCCUGAAGUCUGGUGUGAGAACGUUCAGACAGCAUCUCAGUGUGGCGCGGUGAAACACUGCCAGCAAACAGUCUGGAACAAGCCCACUGUGAAAACUAUACCAUGUGAGAUCUGCAAGGAAAUUGUAACUGUUUUGGGAAACUUCCUAAAAGACAAUACUACACAGAGUGAAAUUGAACAAUACCUGGAUAAGGCCUGCGCCAUGUUCCCUGAUCCUACCUUUGCUUCUCAGUGCAAGCAAAUGGUGAAUGAAUAUAUACCGCUGCUUAUGAAUAUCUUGCAGGAGGAGACGAGUAACCCAGGUGUCCUUUGCUGCUCGCUUGGUCUGUGUAAAUCUCUCCAACGGCAUCUGGCUAAUUUGAAACAAGAAAAACCUUUUAUGACUAAUGAGAUCCCAGAGGCCGAUAAGCUUAAAAUGGUUUACCCAUUUAUUGUCAAUGUUCCUCAGCUUCUAUUUCCCCAGGACAAAAGUCCCCCAGAGUCUAAGAACGGUGAUGUUUGCAAAGACUGUCUGCAGCUAAUUGGCGAUGUUCAGGAUUCCCUGCGAAGCAACUCCUCUUUUUCCAAAAAACUUAUUGAAAAUGCCUUGAAGGAUUGUGAUGUGUUUGCUGGUGGCUUUUCUGAUAUGUGUAAAAACUACAUAAAUCAGUAUGCGGAUAUUGCAAUCCAGAUGUUCCUGCAGAUGCCAGCACAGCAGAUCUGCAGUUAUGCAGGGUUCUGCGCACAGGAGGCGGCAGCCACCCCCCUGCAGCUGCUCACCCCAGCAAAGACUAUAAUCCCUGCAGCCAAGAUGGAACCUGCAGUUAAAGUGGCCGAUGUGAAAUCUUCAGUGAGUGACUCGCCACAGUGUGUCGCCUGCGAGCUAAUUAUUAAAGAAAUUGAUCAUCUUUUGGAGAAUAAUAGGACUGAGGACAACAUUCGCCUCAUCUUGGAGAAGGUCUGCUAUGUGGUCCCUAAAAGUUAUAGACAGCAGUGCAUAGAUUUAGUGGAUGCGUAUACAAAUGCCCUUGUUGAAAUUCUGUUGGAAGAAGUCAGUCCGCAUAUGGCGUGCUGCGCUCUCGGCUUGUGCAGCGCCAAACAGCCACAGAAUGUAAAACUCAGCCCAACAAAAGUGCAAGGUGGUGGCUACUGUGACUUAUGCAAAAUGGCUAUGAACUAUGUGGUUGAAUUUUUGGAGAAAAAGUCAACUGAACAGCAAAUUGAGAGCACCCUAGAGAAGGUUUGCAACUUCAUGCCAGAGCAAAUGCAGGAUGAGUGUCGUGCCCUGAUUAGUGAAUAUGAACCCCUGAUGAUUCAGCUCCUUUUGGAAGAAUUGGAUUCUAACUUUGUGUGCCAGAAAUUACACUUGUGCCAAAACGCCAAACGACCUCUGCUUGGAAAUGAAAAGUGCAUGUGGGGACCGUCCUAUUGGUGUAAAGACUUGGAGACUGCUGCACUCUGUAAUACUAUUGAACAUUGCAGAAGACAUGUCUGGGAUUAAGGACAUCAAUGUGGUUUGCUGAACAUCACUUCUGAGAGGAAAUUGCCACUUCAGCGCUCUCCUCAAACCGUUUUUCUUUUUUGGGGUGAAAUGCUUCCUAAGUAAAAUUUUGUUAAUUUGCUGUAUAUAUUUGUUGUGUAAUUAACACAGUAACACAUUACAUUUUUUAACUUGUCAUGUUUUAACUUCCUAAAUUUAAAAGUUUGUACCAUAGAUUAGUUUUGUGUUUUUUGGGGAUGGAACAUGUGCGCAAUAUUUUGAGUGUCUCAGAUUGUUUUCUUUCUAACCUUGUCUGCAAUUUUUGAUGCCCAUGGUAGAGCUGUGCUAUCUAAAUACUGAAACCUGUUGGCGUUUGUCUAAAAAAAAAAAUAAGUGUGUGAGAUGGAUCAAUUUUAAUAUCUCCUUUGCAAUUGUCCGGUUUAGCGAUCGCACACAACCUACCCUGUAAGUGGCCAUACUUUUAUAGGUACGUGUUUUAUAGCAGAGGCCAGACCUGGUCAUGUGUAGGUGAUGGAUUAUUUUACGUUACAAAGCUCAGUCUGUUUUGAAUCAUGAACAAAUUACAUUUUUGUCUGUAAAUGAAUGGGGGGAUUCUGUUCUUGGGCCUUAAAUGAUAAAUGUGCUUUGUCUGCAGAGCUAGAGGGAAGCGACAAGUUGCACUUUAUGAACCAGUUUUACUUUUUUCUGUGCAUCAGUGACGUAGGUUGCUCCUGUGGAGGGUUUUAUUUUAAAAUGUUUUUCCUUCUGCAUUGUCCCAAGAUAAGACACCAAAACUAAUAUGUAUACAAUAAGAGGACCUUUAGUUUGCACUAAAGCUUCUGUAAUUGGCAAUAAAAUUAAUAAACCCAGA